GUGGAGGUGACAAACGUAAAGAUGAUGAAGCGAUGAAUACCAGUGUCAGACAUGAACCUGGCCGGCAGGAAUUAGCCGGCAAAAGUGUAGUCGUUAGCUGUGUUUACGUUUGUCGCUUAGAUCUUGGUCUGUUUUUGUGG